AUUUAAUUCCCAGUGUGAUCAGAGGAUUCCCAGUUAAUUCCCACCUGGAUUAGAGAAUCCUUUUUAAUUCCCAGUAGGAUCAGAGAAUUCCUAGUGGGAUCAGAGAAUUCCCAAUAAAUUCCCACUGGGAUCAGAGAAUUCCCAGUGGGAUCACAGAAUUCCCAAUAAAUUCCCAGUAGGAUCAGAGAAUUCCCAUUUAAUUCCCAGUGGGAUCAGAGAAUUCCCAAUUAAUUCCCAGUGGAAUAAAAGAUUCCCAUUUAUUUCCCACCUGAAUCAGCCCCAUCCCCCUCCUGGAAUUCCAGAGAAUUCCAACAUUCCAGAGAAUUCCAGAAUUCCAGGGAAUUUCUUCUCCAGAGAAUUUUGGGCUCCAGCCCUUCCCGGGAAAACUGGAGACGCGGAGCAUGAUGGAAUCCCGCAUCCGGCGGUUGGCAACGACGUUGAUGGACGCGACCACGGAUAAAGAUCCCGAGGUCCAGGAGCAAAUCCGGAAUUCCCUGUGCGCCCUCGGAGACGCCGACCCCGAGGAAAUCCUGGAAUGCUGCGGGGAAUACCUGAGGCAGCACGACAAGCUGCCGUUCCCGUUCCGGGCGCUGAUCCUGCGCUCCAUGGAAUCCGUGAUCCGGAAUCACCUCCCGGAGCUCGGCAAAGCCGCGGCCGGCGCCGUGGUGGCGUUGGCGGCGCAGGAAAUGACCAAAUCCAAGGAGCCCAUCCAGGAAUGGCAGGAGGCCGCCAGCGACGUCCUGGUGGAAAUCGGGAAACGAUUCCUGAACAAAGUGAUGGAAGAAGUGCUGGGGAAAUUCCAGCCGGGAAUUCUGCCCCAUCCCUGCGUGCUCAGGACCUUUGGAAACCUGGCCCUGGCCAACGUUUUUGGGAUGGUUCCAUUCCUGAAUUCCAUCUUGGGAACUCUGCUGCCCAUGCUGGGAAUGGUCCGCACAGAUUCCAUGAAAUGCACGUUCUGCUACGCCCUGCAGCGUUUCAGUGAGAGCAUCCAGGAGUACCUGGCGGGGCGGGAUCAGGCCCCCGACCCCACGAUCCGCAGGGACGCCUUCGCGCCGGAAAUGGGGGCGGCCUUCGAGAUCCUGCUGCAGGGAUGGGGGCAGAGCAGGGAGGGACAGGUGCGCCUGGCAGUGCUGGAGGCUCUGGGCCCCAUGAGCUCCCUGAUUCCUGAGGAAAAGUUGGAAGAGCAAAUCCCAAAACUCCUGCCUGGAAUUCUCAGCCUCUACAAGAAACACCCUGAGCCUUUUCCCAUCUCCAAGAGUCUGUGCCAGAUCCUGGAAUCAUCAGUGGCCAUCGGGAGCCGGAGCCUGGAGGCGCAGCUGGAAUCGCUCCUGGCCACGCUGCUGACCCAGAUUUGUGCCCCGGCUGAUCCCAACGUCCCCACGAGCGCCAAGAACCACACGGAGCUCCUGCGCUGCUUCUCUGUCCUGGCGUGCGCGUUCCCGGAGCGGCUGCUGCCGUUCCUGGCGCCGAAGUUGGAGAGCGGCUCGGAGCGGACGCGGGCGGGGGCGCUGCUGGUGCUGCGCCACCUCCUCAACAGCGCCCCUUCUCAGAUGGAAAUGAAAAAAUCUUUCAUCAUCUCUUCCCUGAGGCUCCCUCUGCAGGACAACAACAACAAAGUGAAAAGAGCCCUGGUUCAGCUCAUCAGUGCCCUGGCCCACCACGGUUACCUGGAGCAGCCGGGGGCCGAGGCUCUGCUGGAAUUCCUGGUGCGUCAGUGCUGCCUGCAGGACGGGCCCCCAGGAAUUCCAGAGGAAAAUUCCGAGGAUCCCACGAACGAAAACGUCCGGAGCAUCAGCGUCAGCACCCUGCUGCUGCUCAGCACCACCGUGCCCAGGAUGGGCCCUGUUUUGUGGCCGUUCCUGCUGGAAUUCCUGAUCCCAGCCCAGUUCAGCCCCGCCCUGACCCCGCUGUGCCGGAGCCUGACGUUCCUGGCCGGAAAAAUCCGGGAAGAGGAACCAGAAAAUGAAGCCUGGAGUCGAUCAGAGCAGUGUGGAAAUCUUCCUUCUCCUCAAGCCCUGACUGCCAGGCUCUUGGCCGUUUCCUCUCAGCCUUUCCUCGGCAGCGGCCGCGGCGCCGCCGCCCUGCGCCUGCUCGGGGCCCUGCGCAUCCAUCCCCACCUGGAAAACCGCUGGGAGAAGGAAAUCCCACAGCUCCUGGAGCACCUGGAAGAGAACACCGAGAAUUCCCUGUGCCAGCAGGAAUGGGAGGAGAAGUUGCUCCAGUUUCUCCGGGAAUCCCUGGAAUCCAUCCCGGACAAAUCCUGGAUUUGCCCCUUGGUGUCGGAGAUGUUCCGGCAGCUCCGCGCCUCCGACGGCUCCCGGGCGGAAAAGAAUUUCCUCUACAGAUCCAUGGGGACGGCGCUGGGAUCGUGUCCCAGUAAGGAACUGGUCCGGAAGCAGCUCCAGGAACUCCUGGAAAACGCUCGGUACCAGGACGAGGCGGAGCGGGAGGGUCUGGCUUCCUGUUUUGGGAUUUGUGCCCGAGAUCACCUGGAAGAGACUUUGGAGAAGUUGGAGGAGUUCGUGAAAUCCGACGUCUUCAAAAAAUCCUUGGGAUUGUUCAGCAUCUUCAAGGAAAGGAGCGAGGGGGAGCUGGAGAAGCUGCGGAGCGGCCUCGUGCUCUGCUACGGCCGCGUGGCCGAGGCGGCGCCUCCGGAAUUGCUCCAUUCCCGCCUGGAAUCGCAAAUCCUGAAAAACCUCCUGCAGCACGGCCACACCAAGGUUCUGGGAAUAAAAGUAGAGACCAAGGACACGACGCUGAAGCUGAGCCUGGCCCGCAGCAUCUCCAUGAUCAGCCGGGCGCUGGCUCGCGGGAAUUCCAGGAAUUCUGGGAAUUAUUAUGGGAAUGACACCGGGAAUUAUCCCGGGAAUGGCCCCGGGGGCUCCGUCAGCAUCGCCCGCAAGGCCGAGCUCGUGGCGCUCAUGGUGGAAUUCCUCAGGGCGGAGCCUCCGGACGCGCUCCGGACGCGGCUCCGGCAGCAAGCGCUGAGCACCUGCAGCCACCUCCUCCCCCUGGAGCCGGCCCUGGGCGAGGCCGAGCGCUCGGAGCUGCUGCAGACGGCGCUGGGAUCCGUCCUGGCGCUGCCCCCGACGGAAUCCCCGAAAAACCGGGAACAGCCGGGGGCUCCGGAUCUGUUUGAGGACGCUCUGGGAUCCCUCCAGGAGCUGCUCCAGGGGCUCCUCCGGCGGCGCCUGAGCCCCCACGGCCUCCAGGAGAUCUUUGCCCAUUUAGGUUCCUGGAUCAAAUCCCCACGGGAACAGGAACGGGAACGCGCCCUCGGCAUCAGCAAAUCCCUGCUGGAAUUUUUCCUGGAAAAUCUCCACGUCAGCUCCAUCACUCCUUUCUACAACCUGAGCUCGCUCCUGGCCCUGCUGGCUCCGCGCUGCUCCGACGGAAUUCCCAAAAUCCGCGCGGAUUCCGUGGAUUGCGUCCGGUCCCUGCUCCGCAUCCAGCUCUGCUACGAAGGUUUUUCUCGGGAUCAUCAGGAUGAGCUCCUGGAAGGGCUGGAAUUGCUGAAGGAGGGGCUGGAAAAUCCAGAUUUUUCCAUCCUGUUCCACACCUGCACCCGCAUGGGCUCGGUGAUUGGGAAGCGAAUUCCCCCUGAGCAGCUCCUGCAGCUCCUCCUGGAGCUGUUCCAGGCCUGGGACGAUCCCGACGGGAAUUGUUCCCGCGCCGCCUCCGUGCUCUGCAAUUCCCUGCUCCGGGAGCGGGGCGGGAUCCUGCAGGAAAAGGUUCCCGAUCUCCUGGCCGUGAUCCGCUCCAAGCUGGAGCUGCAGGAGCCGGAGCAGCUCCGGAGGGCGGCGCAGCAAUCCGUGCUCAUCCUGGGGCUGCAGCACCCCAAGGCUGUGCUGGGCACCCUGCUGGGCAGCGCCCUGCCCUUCGACAGCCCCAGCAGUGCCAUGUGGCGGGCGCUGGGCACGGAGCCGGCGCUGAGCUCCCAGAUCCUGGAGCUGCUCCUGGAGAGGCUGAGCCGGGAGGUUCCGUUCACGGAGAGCAAACCCUUCCUGCUGGGCGGCGCCGCCACCCGCGUGGCCACCGCCCCGCCCCUGGCCGCCACGUGCGCGCUGGAUGAGCUCAUGUCUGUGCCGGAGGCGGCGGCCGCGGUCCUGGAGCGAUUCCCGGCGCUUUUCCAGAGGCUCCUGCUGCGCCUCGGCUGCUCCGUGGGCGUCCAGCUCCCGAAAUUCCUGCGGAAUUCCUGCCGGGAAACUCGUGGCCAAGGAGCGGCCGCCAAGGCGUUGAGGCCCUGCAGCUGUGCCGUGGAGACGCUGCAGGCGAUGCUGGUGCGGGCCGGGAACGACGACGUCGUGCGGGAUGUGGGAAAUUCCGGAGGUUGGGAAUUGAUGGAAAUUCCCGAGCGGCACCACGAUGGAAUCGCUCUCCUGGCUGGGGCCAUGGCUCGGCUCUGCGGGCCCCGGCUGCCGCCGAUCGUCCGGAGCCUCAUCCCGGAGCUGGGAAGCGUCUUCGAGUGCCAGAGGGUGACCAGCACGGCAUUCCUGGCCGAGCUCCUCAACCACAAGGUGGUGAACGACCUGCUCCUGCUGGAGCCGCUCCUGGAUGCGCUGACGGCUCUGGAAAAGGAUUCCUGCCUCCUGGUGCGGGUGCUGGCGCUCCGGGGGCUCGGGAACGUGGCCUCGGGAUCCCCGGAACAGAUCCGGCGGCACGGCGCGCAGCUCCUGGCCUCCAUGGUGCACGGCAUGGACGACCAGGACGAUCCCAACAAUCGGCUGGCGCUGGAGGCCAUGUCCAGCCUCUCCAAAAUCCUGGAUCACCUGGAGCAGCGGGACGUGCACUCCACGCUGCUCCGCGUCGCCAUCCGCAUCCGGCCCUUCUUCGACAGCGAACACCCCGAGCUCCGGCACUCGUCCAUCGUCCUUUUCGGGAACCUUUCCCGCUUCGGCCGCUCCGACUCCGAGGUUUUCUCGGAGCAGGUCCUGAACGGGCUGGUGACGCUCCUGCUGCACCUGCAGGACCCGCAGCCGGACGUGGUCAAGGCGUGCAAGUUCGCCCUGCGGAUGUGCGGGCCCAGCCUGGGCUGCGAGGAGCUCCGGGAAAUGUUCGGGAAUCACCUGCGGGAAGAGCGGGGGCUGCACUACGGGGAAUUCCUGAACGACGUCUGCAAAUUCCUGAUGCGCGCGCACCCCGCGCUGCUGAGCCGCCUCCUCUCCACCAACCUCUUCUACUUCAAGAGCCCCUGGCGGGAGCUGCGGGCGGCGGCGGCCAUGUUCAUCGGAUUCCUGGUGCUGCACAUGGACGAGGAGCAGGGACAGCAGGUGGACCUGGAUGAGCUCAUCUCCGCCCUGAAGCUGCUCCUGAAGGAUCCCGUUCCGGCCGUGCGGAUCAAGGUGGCCGAGACCCUGGGACGCCUCGUCCGCCUCCUCUGAAUCCCAGAAUUCCUGGAAUUCCGGGAAUUCCUGGAUGUGCUCAGCAAUACCCCGGGGGAUCCCAAUCCAUGGGAAAAGUCUUCCUGCACUUUCUUCCUUGGGAACAUCGGUGGUUUCCUGGACACGGGGGGCAAAAAAAGUGGGAAAAGGGCCGGAAUUCGGGACGGAGCCGAUCCCACCCCUCCGGUUGCUUCCCGAUGGAUCCGGGAUCCGUUCCCAAAGUUCCCAGCCUGUACAGAGACCUCUUUUUAAAUAAAGCUUUAGGCUCCUGA